AUGGAGAUUGGCCGUCGUGUGAGCAUUUGCAAAGUUUGUGGGCAAUUAGCAAAUGGAAAUCAUUUUGGAGUGAUUAGUUGUAGAGCAUGUGCGGCGUUUUUCAGACGUGCCAAUGUUGAGAGCGACACAUUUUGUGCACUCGGAAACUGUCAAAUUCACAAAAAUGGAAAAUUCUAUUGCAAAAAGUGUCGUCUACGGAAGUGUUUGGAAGUGGGGAUGGAUGUUAGGAAAUUCCAACACGAUCGUGACCUCAUUUCGACGUCCACUUCUUCUUCCACGGAUUCCGAACCUUCUGGAUCUCCGGUAACCAAAAUUAUCAGAGAAAGAAGGUCUCAGGGAAUACCAGUCAGCUUGGCUUCAUUUCUAGGACGUCCUGCUUUCAUUUUGAGCUGUGAACCAGAAAGAGCAUGUCGUGUGAAAACAGUGAUCGAUGUGACUUUUUUGGUUAGCCAGGCUAUGGAUGUUUUGAGAAAUGGAGAUAGUAGAAGAUAUUUCGGAAGAGAUAGUCUGGAAAAUAUGUCACUGAAGUUCAGGGAACUCAAGAAAGCGAAGCCCAAUUUGAAAGUUCUGAAAGUUUUGGGACUAAAGGAGACGAUGCAUUUUUGGGAGCAAGGUUUUCUGUCAACUGCCGCGUGGCUGACUCAUUUCGAGGAGUUUCAGCAGUUGCCUCUAAAUAUCAAGGUUGGUGGGCUUGCUUGUAUGCAAAUUCUGAAAAUUGCCUGGAUCCUAUGGGGCCGGUUGGAUAAGCUGGCUCGGACUGCAGAUGAGCGGCGGAAGAAUAAUUUUGGACAGAGUGCCUACAUGAUCGGAGAGGAUGUGUUUUUGGAUUUGAAGGAAUUUGAAGUCGACAUUUCAUGGUGUACCAAUUAUAGCAAGGACCAAAUGCCAGCCCCAGUAUUCCUAUCCGGACCAUGCAAAAUUUGUGGAUUGCAAACCACUGGAAGGCAUUUCGGGGUCAUGAGUUGUCGCUCAUGCGCUGCAUUUUUCAGAAGGGCCGCUGGUUCGGAAAAAAGGAAAAUUGAAUGUCCUAUUGGAAAUUGUGAAAUUUUUGGCGGUGGGAAAUUUCAAUGUAAAAGAUGUAGGCUGAAAAAAUGCUAUGAAGCUGGUAUGGACGUGAAAAAAUUCCAAAACAAUCGCGACUUGAUCUCCUGCUCGAGCAAUUUUUCAAAACGCCAAAAUUUCAUAGCAUCGUCCCCGCAAAGUUUAUCAAAUUUCCUGGGCCGACCAAGCUUCAUUUUGUGCUGUGAACCCGAUAAAGCUACAUUCAGAAACACCGUUAUAGAUGUGACUUACCUCCCACCCUCCAUCAACUGCAGACCUUAUCAAUAUCAGAAUAGUCUAGAAAAACUGGCAUUUAGUUUAGACGAGUUGAGGACAAAACAUCCGGAUCAAAAAAUCAUGCAAUUGAGAAGACUGGGAAAAGAGGAAUUGAUGUAUAUCCUGGAGCAGUCGUUUUUAAGAGCUGUUGAAUGGUUUUCGAAUUUUUCAGAGUUUCAAGAACUGGAAGAUUAUAUAAAGCUAGAGAUAAUAAAAACCGCCUGGUUCGGUUGGAUUCGUCUAGAAAAGCUAUCUGAAACUGCCGACUAUCAAAGGAAACAGAUUUUCCCUGAAGACGUUCAUAUGUUGGGAAACGAUACAUGUUUGGAAUUUGGGAAUUUUGAGAUUGACUUGAGUUGGUGCACUGAUUAUUCCAUGGAGCAGUUGAUGUUCUACAUCCCACCCCAAGAAGAGCAAAACUGCAGGCAAUGUGUUCAGGAUCUAAUCGACUUGUCCUUGACAAAUAUUGAAGUCAAUUUCAUGCUUCUACAAGUAUCCCUCAGCCAAGCUGGCAAAAGAUGUCAAGGAAAAGUUCUGGAAGCGUGUGAGAAACUAAUGCAAACUCAGGCAGAUCACCUGCAUGACUAUUAUGUGAACAAGAUGAAACAACAUAACUAUUCUGGUCGGUUAACAAAAAUGCUGAAAGUUAUAAGACUGCUAGAGGAGGAUAUAAGGAAUCGAACCGAGCUGAAUAAGUUGGCGAGAGUUUUCAAUGUGAUAAGAUUGGAAUUUUCACACCCAGAGAUGUUUGAUGUGCAUUAA